UGCAGCUCUUUCUGUCCCACAUCGACAAUAACAACAAUCCAAACAUCCGUCCUAUCUUCGAAUUCACGCCUAUCUGUCUUGUCUAUGUGUCUGUGUGUGUCUAUCUCCAUGAAUAUGCAGCGGCGAUAGACUUUAUUAUAUUUUGAACAACGCCCAAAUCAUCUAGCUCUUCUCUUCAAUGGCGCAUCCCGUCCGAGGAAGUUCACGUACGAACGAGAGCAAUGCUCCUCACCCCCAGCUCGUGCUCACACCCCUGCCGCCUCGGGAAAACUACCAGCCAAAUGUCGUCUCAUACGACCCCUACGAGACCGAUUAUUCAGAAAGCCCUCAUCCGCUCAACCCGCACGCUGGCGGUGUUCCUCCCCAGGGCUGGGACCACCAAUCUCCUCAUCUCAACAGGAGUAACACCCUCUCGCCCACCACUGCUUCUGGAGACGAUAUCAGGAGCGACUCGGCUUAUGCCACCCCGUCCGCACCACAGCUCGAUCUGGAUCUGGGAGCGCUCUCGCUGGACGAUAACCCCAAUAACACUCAACAGGACGAUUCUUCCUCGGCCGCCGAUCUGAACUCACUGUCAUCCACCUACAGAGUCCUUCGACGCCGGAAUCGAACUGAACCAGCAAGGCGACGACCAAGCUUCUCCUUCAAGGACCGCCAGCGUUGACUCGGGCCACUCGGCCGUUCGCGCCUAUGCGGCUGCAAACCCGAACGCCCCAACCUACUCGGAGUCAUCAAGCCAUGGUGCCGGAGCCUAUGGUGCCCCUCAGCCCGGUUAUGGAGGCGGUCAGGAUUAUGGAUACGGUGGAGAAUACCAGCACCCCCACCAGCGACCGCCAUUCAGGGGCCCUCCUCAGCCCUAUGGUCAAUACCCACCACAUCAGCAAGGCUACCCGGGGGGACCUGGAUAUGGCAACGGAUACCAACAGGGAUACCAGGAUGUGC